UUCUGGAUAAAAAAAACUAUACUGAUUUGGGUGAUUUUAAACUUUGAAGUUAAUUUGCAUCAUAUAAUGUCACUGAAAAGAUCACACGUCCACAUGAUGGUGUACCACGAUGCUUUGUUGUCAUUUUCUACUGACGUUUUCAUUCUCAGACUGUUUUUGUGCAUUUUACGAUUGAAAAUUCAUUUUUUUUAUAGGUUCAACAGUAGUUCUAAUGUGAAAAAUAAAAUGCACGCUAAAUAUCGAUAGAACAGGCUAAUUUGGUUUUGUUUCCCUAGUCUGCAUAAGUUUAUCCGGUGCCCUUGAACUGUGCAUUCCACAGCAAGCCCUAAGAUGUACUUCUCAAUAGGAUGGCCACGGGUGCUCAAUAGUGGCCCGCAUCGAAGCAUCCGUAAAGUUGUGUGUGAUCGGGUUAAAAUCUUGUUUGCCGUUCUGGCGGAAGAUGCCAUUGCUAUCUGGUACUCGAAGCCCUGUGUACCGAUUACGUCUAAACUACGAAGCCCGGAAUGUUUGGAGAAGUAUGGUAUUAACACCAACAUAGAAUGGAAACCAGAUUCGAGCAUGUUGCUGGUGACUACCGGAGGGACGACGCAAGGCGGUACUUUGUUUAUGUAUACGUUGAUCGUGAAUGAUACUCCAAAGGGUGUGUACAAUCAAAAUGAUUCACCGUUCGCUAACCUACGGCGGGAUAGUGCCGAGCUGUUUCUUAAAGAAACCAUACCCUGCUUAAAGCUUUCACUGACACACCGUAUUUGUCUCUAUGUCCAAAUUUGUUGUGUGUCGUGUAUAAACGUAAACCAGAUCGUGAUUGCAACGCAAGAGGGUCGAAUCAUCCGCCUUAAUUGGGAAGGUGCCGAAGAGCGUGAUUAUGCACUCGAUCUUAAAAGAAUUCCCUUUAGCGUUAAUCAGCAAGUCAGCUAUGCCGUCCCUAUUUUGGAGAAAAAUGUCUACGUCUCUUCGAUCGAUUACUCACCACUACUAUGCGGAUUCGGCAUAACGUUGAGCGAUGGUCGAGCAGCGUUUCUUACUGCAAACAACACUAAGUUUGAUCCUAACCAAGUGCAAGGGAUUUGGUGCCAAAAUGUGGACGACGCGACGUGUACGGUCAUCAAUCACAAGUACCGGUUGAUAGCAUUCGGGCGAAAGAACUCUCAAACCAACAUGUACGUGAUCGACGAUUUAACAGGCGGACUGGAACUAUCGCAUAGAUUGUCAUUGAGUGCGAAAGAUUUUCCCGGAUCUCCAGGCCCCGUCCGUGACAUGAAGUGGACUCCCGAUGGAUGUGCCAUUAUAGUGGCCUGGGUCAACGGAGGCAUAUCUCUGUGGAGUACAUUCGGUUCGUUGUUACUGUGCUCGCUUGCCUGGGACUAUGGAUUGCAUGUAGAUUUGUCUAAAAAUGAUCCAUUUAAUAUUAUAAGCAUGGAUUGGUCUACUGAAGGGUACCAGCUGCUUAUGGUACGGCAAACAAAUGAAAAAUCCACCCCAUCGUGCGAUGAAAGUAAUGAGACCGAUGAAAUGACCAACGCACCAUCGGCUAUUCCAUCCACAAUACUGGUUCAGCUGGACUUUGUCAAAAGCAUUCUAACCAUCAAUCCAUGCAUGAGCAAUAAUUCUUUUCUGUUGCUGCAAGGAGAUGAUAAGCUCUAUAUCAACCACGGCGAUGUAUUACAAAACAUUUAUCCUACUCAUAAAGCUACCUACGAUAGUGCUACUGAUGGCGAGGUGUCCUACUCCGGGAAAACAGAUGAAUUUCGCAAAGAUUCUGCCUACAUACCGUCUGGAGAGCCCGAUCCGGUCAACGUCGGAGGAGACAGUUACCUCAAAUUCAACAGUGUACUAUCGGAGAGCAAACAUUGGGUUGUGUUGAAUCUUCCUACAGCUUAUAUUUCUUCCAACUGGCCGAUACGGUACAGUGCAAUAGAUCAUACCGGUACUAAUGUGGCAGUAGCAGGUCGGACAGGGGUAGCAUUGUAUUCCUUCAAUACUCGCAAAUGGAAAUUAUUUGGUAAUGAGACGCAAGAGAAAGAUUUUGUAAUAACGGGCGGUCUGCUUUGGUGGAAAGAAUUCAUAAUAAUGGGAUGUUAUUCCCUUAUCGGAUUCCACGACGAGUUACGCAUCUACUCUAAAGAAAACAAGUUGGAUAACCGAUUUGCCGAGAUUACGAAAAGUGCAAGUCCGGUGAUGCUCAUCAACUUAUUCCGAGAUCAACUGGUGGUUUUCACAUCUGACGGCCAUGUAUCAGUAUUUGCUCUGAAACAAAUCGAGGACGAUUACACUGGCCCCGAUCAUCAUCGAGUGGAGCUGGUGAAGAUGCAUAUUUACGAUAUAAAAAACGUUUGCAUUCAUCCAGCAUGCGUCAUAUCGGUACUGAUGACGAGCAUUAAGCACGAGGGUGCCGGCACGGGAGGGAUGAUGAAAGCGAACAACUAUGAGAACUCUCUUUCCGAAACGUUAAUUAUGAACGUAUCUGGCCGCGUGUUGAUGGUACAGACGGAUCAUCAUCAGCACCAUCACGGAACAGGCAGUGCCAACAGUCAGCUAACAUCCACCUGCUUGGCUUCGUCGGUAGAGUGUAUCUGGGUGUCCGAGUCGAGCAAGACGCAUAUUAAAGAAUCUCUCUGGCUGUACUGUGGCGGAUACGGUAUGCGCGUCUGGUUGCCGGUUUUCCCACGGACGGGGGAAACCGGAUCACGCAGCCUGCGACACACGUUCAUGAGCAAACGGAUAAUGUUAUCGUUCACGUUGAAAAUUUACCCUCUGGUGAUACUGUUCGAGGAUGCAAUUAUACUUGGGGCAGAAAAUGACACACUGCUUUACACGAGCGAUCCGUCGGUGUACUUUUCUUUGCCAUAUAAUGCGCUCAAACGAACGAGCCAAGUUUAUUUGCAUCAAAUAUUGCGACAGCUGAUUCGACGCAAUCUUGGGUAUAAUGCUUGGGAAAUUGCGCGCUGCUGUACAAAUCUUCCAUACUUUCCCCACUCACUGGAACUGUUGCUACACGAAGUGCUAGAAGAGGAAGCGACCAGCAAGGAACCGAUCCCCGAUGCAUUAUUACCGAGCGUCCUCGAAUUCAUCCAGGAGUUUCCGGUUUACUUACAGACGGUCGUACAAUGUGCUCGCAAGACAGAGAUUGCCCUUUGGCCGUAUCUGUUUUCCAGUGCCGGCAAACCGAAGGAACUGUUCCAGAAGUGUAUGGCCGCACGACAGUUGCACACGGCUGCGAGCUAUUUGAUUAUAUUGCAAAAUUUGGAACCGUCCUCAGUGAGUCGCCAGUACGCGACGGUAUUACUGGACACUGCCCUGGAACAGCAAGAUUGGCCGCUGGCAAAGGAUUUGGUACGGUUUCUGCGCGCGAUCGAUCCGAACGAUGUGGAAUCCCCACGCUCGUCGUAUGUGUUUGGCAACAAGUUCGGUGGACUGAUUGCCGCCGGUCCUCCGGCGCCGAACGCUGAAGAUUUGAGUCUAAUCUUGGGCAGCAGCAUGGCAAGAGGUCGCAGUUUCUCAACCACCGUACCAUACCCGAAAUCAAAUGACGGUGCGGCUACGGUGGUAAAUAAGGAGAAGAACAUAAUGUUUAAUAAUCCAACAGCAGCAGCAACAGUGCAGCAGAGUAGUGGAGCACUAAGCUCGGGUCACGAUGCCUCCACCGAGAGACAAAUUUUGCGACGAAAGAAAAGUGUGCCAAAUACUCAAAAGGAAGCCGACACCUCCACGGCAGAAGAAUUUUUCAUCGACGUGGUGCUGCAAAGACAUGCUCGCCGAUUUUUACAAUUGCGAAAGCUGGAAGAUCUAGGGUAUAUGAGUGCGACGCUGGAUUUCCAUCUAGUCGGAUGGCUUAAUCGGGAGAAGGAUCGUGCCGCACGCAUAGAGGAUUUCGUAAAUGCCUUAAAGUCCUUGCACGACGAGCUCGAUUGGCCGAAACCGUGCCUAGAUCUAACAUUGCUUCCGAAUCCGCUGGGCCAAGCUCACAUGCAUGCAGAGUCGUCCCCCUCGCCAUCCUCGAAUUUGUCCAACAAAUCACCCCUGUCCGAGUUAGCUACGCGCCGCACGGUCGAUUCGGGGUAUAACAGCCUGUCGUUCGUUCGACCGACGGGUGCCAAUGGUCCUGUUACUGGGACGGCAGCGAAAGCGGACGAAAGACAGAUGGAACCAGAACAGGAGCAACCACAAGAACAACAACAGCGACAAAAAAGUACGCCCGCAUCUCCGAUCGGCGAUCCACUGCUGGGUACAACUGCGGAAGCCAAUCUUAUGCCACUGAACGAUACAGCGAGCGUGCUGUCGGAAGCUGCUCAACCCAACUGGCCGGACGAAGUGUCGACGGUGUGCGGUGGAGCAGGUGGCCUGCUGAACAUAACGCUUGGCGAGCAAAGCUUCAGCCAAGCGAUGGAGAAAAACAUUUCCAAGCAGAGCAAAUCGAAUCGGCGCAAGCAACACAAGCUAGAGAUUCGCAUGCGUUACCUGUUGCAGAUAUUCACAGAGGCAAACUGUUACGAGUUUGCGCUCCUGCUCUCCGUGCUGCUACUCGACGUGGCCUCCGUCGGGCGCAUUACAAACGCGGCGAUACGAUCGAAAUCCCUCGUAGUUUGCCGACAGUUGCGCAACGGGCUGAAGGAUAUGACUCGCUGGAGCUUCAACGAGUGUCUUGCGUACCGUCCGUUUAUGAUCGCCUUGCAGCCUCAGCUAGCGGUGCUGGAUAAGUUUGUCAUUCAGCAGGAAUCCAUUCCGUCGCUGAUGCACACGACCGCCGUGACGGGAGUGUCAGCCUUCUCGCCGCUUGUGAUGGGUAGCAUGCACACUUUCCGCGACAGUGAAGCGCCCGCUGCGGGCGUUGCUGUGGGCGGAAGCAAGGGGCUUAACCAAAGCCAAGGCGAGUCGCGGAAUGUAGGCAGCUCCAGUGCCAAUAGCACCAUGCAGCGCAUGAGCUCGGCUGGUACGUUGGGGGGAAGCGUUGCGCUUUCAAGUGAAAGUGGGGGCGUUGGUGGUGGUGGCGGUAUCACCGGCAACAAUCGGAUCGUCAUCGACGGGGCAAGUAUGCGGAGCGGUAGUGGCCAGCGCGAUGGUCUGGGACAGAAGUAUACCACAGCGCACCCUUUCGCUCGAUCGGUGUCAGAUUUGGAAGUGGCAAACAUACGAAAGAUUGCGCAAGGCAAGUCCGUAACGGACAGCCGGUCAGUUGCAUCGGCCGCCAUCGCAGAGGAACCGGAACGGACGUGCAAUGUUAUGUAAGGUGUACGCCAACGUAAAAGCCAGACGAAGGGUGGUGGAAAGGUGCUAUAGCAAAUUAUAAUAUACUUUAGCUGCGGGAAUAACCGCAACGGGUUGUGGAAGUUCGGAAGAGAUAUUUAAUAUAUUAGUAGUCUGAAUUGAACGAGCUGUAGUUAUGGCUCGAUUAUUAAUACUA